GAAGUUUGUUGAUCAAUUUGCAACAUCCAUUCCUUGCGUGCUGCGUGAAGCUAACAAAUUUUAAUGUGCUAGCGUUACUGCCCAAGUGCUUGCUCGCUUUACUAACCUUCAUCCGGCAAUAAAGCAAACCGUAGCAUUCGGAUAACCGGAAAGGAACGAAGAAACGAAAUACGCGCCUCGUCUAUGCACGGUGCUGCAAUUGCGCACGGACGCAGCGGGCGGAUGCUUACUGUCUCGCACUAAAAACAAAACAACCUAGCAACAGCAACAACGAUAAACGCGGUACCAGCGUAGGGAAAGAAAAUAAAAAUGGACAAUUGCCACAACUAUGCAACCACAUCGAAAAAGAAACGAAUCCCCAUCUCGGACGAUAUACACAUCAUUAUCAAAAAGUUCCGUGACAAGGACAAGCACGACGAGAAGCCUUCUACAUCUGGUGACCAUGACUACGACGAUGAGCAUAGCAUGGAUUCGGAGGAACUGCGGCGCGUACGGCACCAAGAACCGUCCUCUUCCUCUACACUGGUAGGCAUUGCAUCGAAUAGCAACAGUAAUAGUACAACAUGCCCCAGCGGCACCUCGUUACAGACAGUCGGCUUGGGGAGCAACCAUGCAGUGCAGGUGCAGCUGCCACCACAGCAGCACAUCAUUUCAUUAGCCCAGACCCAUACCGGGUUGGUGUCGAGUGCGAACCUAGCAUGCCAAAACAGCAGCAACCAGUCGGAGGACAUCAAGCACAUACUGCGAAAGUUGUCCAAUAUCGAGGAGCUGCUGAAGGUGGUUGUCGAACAGAGUCUAAGCCGUCUAACGACGAUAAAACAGGAGACGGGUGCGACGCUGACGACCGCUCCCGGGGCGCAACUGACGGCGGUCGAUACGAGCCAAAUAAUUCAGCAACAUCAUCAGCAACAGCAGCAGCAACAACAGCAACAACAACAGCAGCAGCAACAACAACAACAACAACAACACCAGCAACAAACGGUUACCCAGAAUGCGGAGAUUGAAUCAUGCUUCAAGUUCCCGAUUCGCUCGCUGAAGGAGCUGAUCGAGCUGAACAAGAGCAUCUGUGGCGACGAGUCGCUGUACAACAAGCUAUUCGAGCAUCUCACCAAAAUAAGACUGGACUGUGACCAAAACAUUGUAAUUAAUGCGCUAACAUCGAUAGUCAGUGACGAGGUGCUGGAUGCGGUUACGUGGGACACUGGGAAGAAGUUUAAACUAUCCUCGGUCGUGCUGUUUAGCGAUUCGCUGUACGUCGCUUGGUUUAAGGACAAAAUGAAGUACGACGAGUAUGUGACCGAAAUGAAGGAUGCCAUCGAACGAUCGCACAAGCGGCACGCUAAGGUAAAAACGAAACGAAACCAACAAAGCGUCCAACCACAACUGCAGCAGCCCCAAUCCCUGCAACCGAUCAUGCACUCUCCAUUGGGGACAAGCAACAGUGCCAGCACAAACGUCCCGCCAGGGACCGUCAGCACGAUCAGCUGCGACAAUAGUGCGUUAGUGCUCGAAUAGUGAACGGCAGCGUGCAGUAUGUGGCAUUCUGGCAGAGGAAAAAAUGAGACGAUGUACGAACGUUCGAAGUGAAGAUUUUUUUAGCCACCAUCGUAUCUAUUCCUCUCCCUUCUCUCUCACCACUCGUGGCCAUCGGCGGCACUCUGCACUUGUGUUUUCGGGUUUGGUUGUUAUUUUGCAGAACCGUACUCAUAUCAUUUUGUAAUCGGCAUGCUUUAUGUAUCAAAUCCAAUACAAUUCUUCGGUGUUUGAACACAAGGUUUAGAUAAUGUUGAAUCUUAACAGGACCUUCAAGCGGUGAUGUUUGACUAUUUGGCUGCAUAAUAACAGAGGUCUUGCAGUACAGCUAAUUGAUCUAAGCAUAAGACUUCCGCUCAUCAGUUUCAAAAGUUUAGCAAAGAUACUUGUUGUAUGAAGCUGAUUAUUCGGUUGUAAUGAAACUACGAGACCUACUGUGUAUAUAAUUCGCAGUCACAAAGGACAGUCCUUGCAAGAAGGAAAAUAUUGGUCUCGAUUGGGUUCGAACCUUCUACAUGUCUGGUACGUUUGACCGUAUAAUGCUUGGCUGAACAUGGCAGUAUCAGAACACCGUACUAGUAAAAAUACACGAUUUUCGAAGUGUCAGUUACAGCUACAUACGAAACAGACAGUGGCACAUCUCGAAACACGUUGCCACAAAUGGCACACCCAAAUAGGACGAGUAAUGUAAAACUCUUGAGUGAAGCACAUGUCUUUUUUCACUAAGAACCUAAAGCUGUAAAUUCGUUAGCGCCCAGCCAUAAAGCAUCGGCAGAGCGUUGUAAAUUAGUUAUGCAAUUGUUUUGUUUUGUUUUUAUACUGUUAGAAUGUUCAUUUUCAUCCCAUAUAAAACGAUGCAACUCGUGUGGCGGGGGAACACAGCAGCGAAUGUAUGACAAAGUGUUUUGUUUUUCACUGUACACACAUUUGGCAUCAGCCUCUAGAGAACUAAAAUGCUACAUAGCGUAUAUGUGAGAAGCAGAUGGCAAAUUUUAGGUUUAGAACGUUUAGAAUUAUAAUAUCAUCAAACAAAAACAAACAAAACCUUAUGAAUAAAACAAUGCAAGAAACCCC